UUUCUGUUACAUUCCGUGAGUUGCCGAGCUUCGUGCAUUAUUUUGAAAUAAAUAUUACAAUCAAACAACACAUAAACGUGAAUUAAUAAGACGUAUCGCGAUGAAUUUCUUGACAAAAUUAAUUUUUGCUGGUCCAUACACAGAAGAAAGAUAUAAUAAGUUUUUUAAUCCAAACGUUUGUCAUGUUUGCAAAGAGCCCAGCGAAGACUUGAUAACGUGUAUUCGGUGCUGCAUGAUUUCUUACUGUUCCGAGGAGCAUGAAACGAUGCAUAGAAACACACACUCUCAGAUUUGCAAAGCUAUAAGAAGGGUAAUAACAGACAAAUUAUUCUCGAAUACGUAUCGUAGCUUGGGAGAAUGGAUAGAAUCAAGGAAAGGAAUUUUACAUCAAAUGCCCUCUAUUCUGAAACGUGGCUUAGCUGCAUACGAAAUAGAGAUAAUAAUGUGCGCAAAAUCGUGUGGUGUGUGUUUCCGACAGACAAACAUAAGCCGCUGCAACAUUUGCUAUUCAGCCAACUUUUGUGAUGAUGACCAAAUACUAUUUAAAACAUUGCAUGAGAAGUGCUGCGAUGAGUUAUUGCAAUUACUGAACAUAAAUAUCGCCCAUACAAACGGCCAUAUUGAAGAAAUUUUACCUCAAAUCAAAAAAUAUAAGUUCACCAAAUUUCCUGCUACGGCACCUUUUCAUGACACUUUUACAUUUAUGAAGAACUACCUACCCAUUUAUGCUAUAUUGCCUGCUUCUGAGUUGACUUUCGACCAUUCUAUGCUAAGGUUCCACUUGUCAUUAGAGCAACUUAUUUUUUCUGAUUACACAUCCGGCCCCCUGACGUUAUACAAUGCGUUGCAGGAAUCAAAUUUAAUAUCGCGUUUAUGGUAUAGAAUGAAAUAUGUCAUUCAUGUAAUAGAUGUAAAUAAAACAGAUAUAAUAUCUUUGGAAACGUGGCAUAUUUUCUUACAUUUAUAUAGAAAAAUAAGUGAACUGUAUAUUGUAUUUAUAAAUUCGUUAAAUUUUGAAUCGAGCGAUUUAGGCUUUGUGUGUAGUGUGUGCAAACAUUAUAAACAGAAACUUUAUAUUAGAAGCGUAUCAGAACCGUAUCACGAUUUUGUACGCUUAGAUUCAUAUGAAAAACCGAAUGUGAUCGUACUGUUUGAAAUAGAAUGGCUUUUCUUAGAUACAUGGUCUAAAUCUUUAGAAGCAAUAAUAGCGCAAGAGUGUCCGUUACUUUUAACCGCUAUUUCGGAAAAUACAGUACAAGAAUGCAUAGACAAGAUACAAGAACAAACAGGUACAACCAGAAAUCGAUUACACAGAGAAAAUAAAUUCCGCGGUUAUAUGCCGCAUAGAAAUUAUAUGACUGGUGGAUUUUACUACCGAAAUACGCAUUUUAUUAUGUUUUCAUAAAUUAAAUCACAUGAUCGACCUAGGCAGAAGAUUAUGUAUUGUUUAAUCCUAUUUAUAUUUUGAUAUAGUUGAUGAUAUAUAAUUUUUAAUAAUAUUCGGGAAUAAAUUUGAAAUUUUUUACUGAGGCAUAUAUUCAGUCAUAAAUUGAUAGUAUUUUUGUUAAAAUAUAUUUGCUCAUUUGUCAUUAUAUAAUUAAUUAGUAUAAGGUGUGUCAGUAUAUAAUUUCUCAUUUUCUCAAAAUAUGUAAAGAAUGUUGAAUAUGAAAUAAUGGAAUGCUGGCCAUAUGUAUAUAGUUUCUUUAAAUUUUUCAAUUUGUCACAUUCUGUAUCAUACUUAUAGGCAAUAUUAUAUGCAGCUACGAUCAUUCUAUGCCUAUAACUGAGUUGUAUGUAAUUGCCUUACAAAUCUCUUUUUCAUUGAUCACGUUCUACAAGUGAUAGGUGCUGAUAGUAAUCUCAAUGUUUCAUGUACAUUAUUUUCUUCAAACUGUGCUUCGUAAACAAAUAUUAUAACUUGUUAAUAUCGACUUUUCCAAUUUAAAUUGUCAAAAUAUGUUAAGAAAUAUGAAAAUAGACCUGGAAUUGUUAGCGUCUCUCGAGUUAUCAUCUGUAAUUGCAAAAUUAAAUUCAAGUGUAAUUAUCGUCGGCAAUGAAAUAUAAGUCUUGUAAUAGUACACAUUCAUUAGGAAAUUUGUAUUAUGUUUUUUUCCCGAAUUUGUGUAAAAGCGUAGUUCAUACUGUAUUAAACGAAAGUAUGUAUAUGAUUGUAUAAUUUUAUAUGUUAUGUGUCGUCCCUAUUGUUGCGCUACUUUGUUCGAUUAAUAAGUAUAGCAUAGAAAAGCUUUCUGGUCACAUUAUACGGAUGCGUAAUAAACAAAGUGCUAUAACUUGUCACAUUGAGAAAAAAUGUAUUUUAAUUUGAUUUUUUAGGCUUUCGCUGUGUCCAUGCAUAUUAUAUUUGUUUUCCUGAUUUGAGCCGUGGAUUCAUUUUUGUUUGAUUACAACGUUUCACGAACUAUUCUGUCCGCCUUGUCAGGAAGGAACGAUUCGAUGCCGAGUUGCUCCUGAGAAGUCUUCCUUUAUAUGGCAGUUGUCAUAUAGCGAGCUGGGGGGAGGGAGGUGGAAGAGACCGUAUGGGGGGUUUAACUAGGAGGACGGGUUUCUAGAUUGGACUGAUUUUUUGUCCUUUAUCCCUGUUCAGAUUGUUAUAGUGCUUUCGAAUUUCCAAUUACAGGGUUCCCUGUAUUUCCUAGGGAAGUAGUUGUUGAGUUUGACCAGUACUGUCAUUUCGUUGAAGCGGAUUUUGUGUCCGCUUUCUAAAUUGUGUUGCACUAAUGCUGACUGCGUUACAUUGUUCAGUUUGACUGCGAUUUGAUGUUUCUUUGAAUGGUAAGCACACAUAUGUGUGCUUAUCAUUCUCCCGGUUUCUGCUAUAUAGACUUUGUCACAGCAGCAGAGUACUCUAUAUACUCCAUCAAUCCCAACAGGGAUAAUGGACAAAAAAUCAGCCCAAUUUGGCAAUCCGGCCUCCCGAUUUCCAAAACAUGACAGACAACAAAUUUCUCACCACCAUCUUUCCUGCUAACCUCCUUUCCCUCUUGUCUCCUCACCCUUCUCCCGAUAUGCUAACUACCAUAUAGAGGAAGACCUCUCAGGAGCAACUCGGCAUCGUGUCGUUCCUCCCUAAUAAAGCGGAUUGAAAUGUUCGCGAAACGUCGGAAUCAAGCAAAGAGGAUUCCAAGCGGUUCAAAUCCGGAAACCAAAUCUAAUAUGCAUGGAAACCUAAAAAAUCAAAUCAAGUACUUUUAUGUAUUAG